UGUCUCUCAUCUCUCUUCUACGUGCAUCAACCAUAAUUGUUAUCAUGGACAGCAGAAAUGAGUCUUCUGAGACUCCAAGGAACAAGUGUGCAGCAUGCUAUAGGCAAUUUAACAAAAAGGAGCACCUAGUGGAACACAUGAAGACCUCAAAUCACUCAUUUCAUGAGCCCAUGUGUGGUAUCUGUGGAAAGCGUUGCAGGUUUUUUGACUCACUUAGGGAACAUCUUAUAGGUCCAUUGCCAAAGGUGGAAUGUGCAAAGAUCUUCAGUGUUAGAGGGUGCAGCUUAUGCUUAACUAUUUUUGACAGCCCCAAUGCUCUUAGGUUUCAUCGCGGAAGAUGCCAAUUCUCGCGUGCAGCCCCAGCAGGAUUGAUCUCUCGAAUGUCUAACUUAGGAAUACAAGAUGAUCUCAGAAUUGAUAAUGGAAGAACAAGAGGGCCACAGGUAGUUGCACUUGCUUGCAAAAUGGUGGGUGGUGGCAGUGAUGGCUCAUUAGAUCUUUGUGCCAGAAUUUGCCUUAUUGAUGAAGAUGAAAACAUCAUCUUCCAUUCUUAUAUCAAACCCCAGAUUCCGGUCACAAACUAUCGAUACGAAACUACCGGCAUUCGACCAGAAUACUUAAGGGAUGCAAUGCCAUUGAAGCAAGUACAGAGGAAAAUUCAGGACUUCUUGUGCAAUGGUGAACCAAUAUGGACAAUCAGAUCCAGAAGAGGAAGAGCAAGGAUUCUUGUAGGCCAUGGUUUAGAUCAUGACCUAGAUUGUUUAGGAGUGGAGUAUCCACCACUUAUGAUAAGGGACACAGCUAUAUACCCUCCCUUGCUGAAAACAAGCAAGCUCAGCAACUCACUCAAGUAUCUAACUGAAGCUUAUCUUGGGUAUGACAUCCAGACAGGGAUACAAGACCCUUAUGAAGAUUGUGUAGCUACAAUGAGGCUUUAUAUGAGAAUGAGGUCCCAAAUCCAUCCAGUAGAGGAAUAUCCAUUCGCUACCGAUCGCAACAAUUUCUCACUUUUGAGACAGAAUGAACUUGAAAGAAUGACACCAGAUGCAUUGCUGGCUAUCUCAAGGCCUGACUACUAUUGUUGGUGCUUGGAUUCUGGGAGAGUUCCAGAAUGACCAUGAAUUCAUCUGGCUUACCUACAGAAGAAUUUAAGCUUAUUCCCUAUAUGGCAAAUACAGAUAGCCAAUUCAAUAAAUCUGAUGCCUGUUAUAAAAUAGAACAAUAAAUGAUGAAAUCUAAUCCAUGUUGAUUAGAUACUAAAGAUUUACUGUUAUGUGUUCUGAAUAGCCCUAUUGUAGUACU